AUGGCCGACUUCAAAUUUAGAGGAGACCUCGCAGCCCACAGGGAGUUACUCUGCUCUAUUUCCCGCCUGCUGGAUGCGCAUGGAAUUCCCAAUCUCCUCUGGGGCGAUCUCGUCUUCAAUCUCUGCGGAGUACCUCUCCAAGUUUCAGACUUCAGUAUCGUCAUCCCCGACGACCUGAUCGAGAAAGCGCGCAGUGUCUUCGAGGCAGCCAAAUUCCCGCCCUGCCAACUAGGCCAGACAUGUCCCGCCAUCCAGCCAAACCGCCCCGCGCCACGCCCCUACGGCCACUUCAACAUCAAGCAGAAAGGAGACCCACGAAAGUGGUUCCGAGUGGAACUCCACCGGAAGUCCGAAUUGCUCUGGACCGCCCCCAACAUCCCAGCCUGUACUCCCGACGCAGAAGAUCCGCAUUACAUGCUUGCCAAGGACGCCAGACUGCCGGAGAACUCGCCGCGAGAGCUCCUUGGCCGGAUGAACCCCACCGAUUACCCUGUCAAGAUCCCAACCCCGAACCUGUACGCUGAGGCGCUGGCCAUGCUGUACUACCGCGAUGGGGUGCCGGGGCCGACCAUCCGGGGAGACUACUGGUUGGAUCUGCAGAGUGAGCUUGUCCAGACGGGGCUAGUGACGCUGGAUGAGCUCCCUGCGCGCAUCAAGCGGCACUAUGAGCUGGUGCGUGAUGCGGACAUGAAGGAGAUGCACAGGUACAGCGAGGAGGUUGUGGGGCAGAUGAGGGAGAGAUCCGAGGUUCCUGUGCGUAUGCUGCCGCUUGAUAGGGAUGUGUUUGAGCCGGGGGCAGCGGCGGAGGAGUUUCUUUGA